UUACAGUUCUACUCGCCAAGAAAUAAUGGUAUUAUUUUCAAAUUUUGCGGGAAAAUCCAAGUCUAUAAAAGAAAUUGUAAUUAUUCCACCAAGAACACCCAUUUUACGUGAUGGCCUAAUUAAAGAAACUGACGAAAAUGUAUUUGUUGAUUUGAGCUUAAUAGAAAAUGUACACAACAAAAGCAAAAUUUACGUUUACUACAUCAAUAAAAAAUCCAACACAGCUCUUAAUAAAAAUUGUAACGAUUUUGACAUUUUGGAAAAUAAAUCAACCAAAAAGAUUACAAUAUAUCCCAACAACAAUAAAACAACUACUUUAACAAAAAAUAAGGAAACUUCACAAUGCAUUAUCGUAAUUUUCGUAAAAAAUUCUUUUGAAAAGUACUCAAGAUGCUCAACAUAUAGGGUUGAACCAAUUUUUAGUAAAAAAGAUACUCCAAAUACACCAAACAUUCCUUCAGCACAAUCUGACAAUUUAAUAAUUAUUAUCAUUGUAUUGAUUCUGUUACUCAUCAUCUUGGGAGUAACUAUUUAUAUGUACAAGAUAAAAAGAAUUACUUGUAAAUCAAGUAUAAAUAAAUUCUGUCAUGCGGUUGAAAUAGAAAACUUUAUAAAUUACGUAGAUAACGCAAUAAGGGAUGGUAAACUUCUUCAACAAUUCAACAUGGUCGAAAAAUUGGAUACCAAAUUGGAAUUAGAUAGCGACACAAUGAGAAAACAUAACAUAUCCUAUGAUGGCACAGGGACUAGAUUAGUGAAUCAUCUCGAUUCCACCGCAAAAGAUUACAUUAACCUUAAUUACAUUAAUGGUUUUAAUGAAGACCAACUUUUUAUUGCCGCUCAAUCUCCAAUAAAAUCCGGCAUAAGAAACUUUUGGAAGAUGAUUUGGGAUGAAAAUGUUGAAUGCAUCGUAGCGUUAACUAAUUUAAACGAAUCCGAAAAGGAGAAAUAUGCUAAAUAUUGGCCAGAAUUAAAGAAAAGUUUAAAAUACAGCGAAAUCACCAUUGCAUGUAUUAACAGUAACACCACUUCUGAUAUAACAAUCAGAACUUUUGAAAUAUCCUCAAAUUCUUCAAAUAGAAAAUUAGUUCAAAUUCAUUAUUCAGGAAAAUUCAGGCAAGACGAAUUAACAAUUGAAACUGUUAUAAACAUUUUACAUUUAAUGAAAAAUCACGGAAACCGCAAUCCAACGCUAGUUCAUUGCAGUGAUGGUAUUGGCCGAACUGGGAUGAUAAUUCUCUCAAACAUCGCCGCAACAAUGGCCGAAAAGGCCAAAACGAUAGACAUGUUUUCAAUUUUUUACUAUUUGAGACAGCAACGACCCAAAAUGGUACAAACUUACGCUCAGUACGUUUUGGCCCAUCAAGUUUUAGCCACUUUAUCGGAUCCAAUUUAUACUUUUCCUGUUACUGUAUAAUUAUUUGUUAUGCUUAGAUUAGAUUAUAUAGAAUAUCUAAGAUGUAAUAUCUAUGUUAGUUAAUAAAUUAAUUAUAAAUAAAAA